GUCAAAAAUUGUAGUGCAUUAAGAGAAAUUUGAACUUAUUCAUAUUCAUUAACUAAGUGUCGAAAAUAUUAUUGGUUAAGUUAUUUUUAAACUAAGAAUUGAAUAUUUAUAUUUGUUUAUAAUUGUUGUGUAUAAAUUUUUUGUAGUACACUGUGAUGGCAGGUUAUAGCAGUGUGAUUGUAUCUCAGAUUAAGACAGAAGAUGGAAAUGAAGCACAGAGUACCUGUUUAUCAGUUUGUCCUCCAUCACCUUGCAUUUAUCCUCCUUCCAACUCAGGAUUAUCAAAUGGACAAACUGAUUUUGGAACAGUUGAACCAGUUGGUAGUAGUAAACUACAUUGUAGGUCACCUGAACAAAUAACAAUGGAUCUUUAUACAAGUGAUACUGCAGAACAAUCACCAUCGCCCCCAAUUAGUCCUGAAAGUCAUCAUCAAGAUAUGUUUUGUUCUAGUACCAUACCUGGAGAUGGCACAGGAAGUAUGAAUGUCAGUAAUUCUGAAGGAAAAGCUGAUUCUCCAAAGCGAUUAUGUCUAGUAUGUGGUGAUGUCGCAUCAGGUUUCCAUUAUGGAGUUGCCUCAUGUGAAGCAUGCAAAGCUUUCUUUAAAAGAACUAUUCAAGGUAGCUGAAA